CCUUCAGGCAAGGGAAAAAAAAUACACCACUACCGCACAGGAGAGCGUCGACUCGUACAAUCCUUCCAAUUCCUUCUCUCUUACACGGGCCUCCUCUCUGUCGCAUAUCUAGCUAGUUGUACCCUCUCAAUUCCUGCUGCACUAGGUCCUUUGCACCUCCCCGCCUUUCUACUCUCUCCGACUUUGAGUCAAAGACAUUCGUAAAAUCCAAACAUCAUGGCUACUUACGCGCUUCCAAAGUCGCACCAGGACCUCAUGGAGAAGUCUCUUAAAGAGACGGACCCGGAAGUCCAGGCUAUCCUUGAGAAAGAGAUCCAGCGUCAACGAGAGUCCAUUCUUCUCAUUGCCUCUGAAAACGUCACCUCUCGCGCCGUGUUCGAUGCUCUCGGGACUCCAAUGUCGAAUAAAUACUCUGAAGGCUAUCCCGGCGCACGCUAUUACGGCGGAAACGAGAACAUUGACCAGGUUGAGCUUCUCUGCCAGGCCAGAGCCCUAAAGACGUUCAACCUCGACCCGGAGAAGUGGGGUGUCAAUGUGCAGUCUCUCAGUGGCUCACCAGCCAAUCUCCAGGUGUAUCAAGCCAUUAUGCGCCCACACGACCGACUGAUGGGCCUUGACCUGCCCCACGGUGGUCACUUGAGUCACGGCUACCAGACCCCACAGCGAAAGAUCUCAGCCGUCUCGACAUACUUCGAAACUCUGCCAUAUCGCGUGAACCUUGAGACCGGUCUCAUCGAUUACGACCGUCUUGAGGAAAAUGCGCUCAUGUAUCGCCCCAAGGUUAUCGUCGCGGGAACAUCUGCAUACUGCCGCAAUUUCGAUUACCCACGCUUCCGCGAAAUCUGCGACAAGGUCGGCUGCUACCUCAUGGUAGAUAUGGCACACAUCUCUGGUCUUGUAGCCGCGGGCGUCAUCCCAACUCCCUUCGAGCACGCUGACAUUGUCACAACCACCACUCACAAGUCGCUUCGUGGUCCUCGUGGUGCUAUGAUUUUCUUCCGCAAGGGAGUUCGCAGCACUGACCCAAAGACUGGAAAGGAGACGCUCUAUGACCUGGAGGGCCCUAUCAACUUCUCUGUCUUCCCAGGUCAUCAGGGAGGUCCUCACAACCACACCAUCACCGCCUUGGCCGUUGCCCUUAAGCAGGCACAGACACCUGAGUUCAAGCAAUAUCAGGAGCAGGUUAUCAAGAACGCCAAAGCCCUUGAGUCCGAGUUCAAGCAACUAGGCUACAAGCUUGUCACGGAUGGUACAGAUAACCACAUGGUGCUUCUAGAUCUGAAGCCCAUUUCCCUCGAUGGAGCCCGCGUCGAAGCCGUCCUCGAGCAGGUUAACAUUGCUUGCAACAAGAACACCACCCCGGGCGACAAGUCAGCCCUCACCCCUAUGGGUAUCCGUAUCGGUGCACCAGCCAUGACAAGUCGUGGGCUUGGCGAGGAAGACUUUAAACGCAUUGCGAGAUACAUUGAUCAGUGCAUCAAACUAUGCAAGAAGAUUCAGGCUGAGCUGCCGAAGGAGGCCAAUAAGCUCAAGGACUUCAAGGCGGAGGUUGCUAGUGGGAAGAUCGAAGAGAUCAACAGCUUGAAGAAGGAAAUUGCCUCUUGGGCUGGUAGCUUCCCUCUGCCAGUAUAAGUGACGGUAGGCAAUCAGCUUCCGUCUGCAGUUCUAUGAGGCAAAUAGCCCAGUGAGGCUUUUCAAAAGCAUGUGAGCAUAUGACUUACGGUUCAACAAAAGUGCUCGGCGUCGCAUGUAUUUUCAACACUGCGGGGUGGGGAUAGGCGUUUAGUCGCAUCUUAUUCUAAGGCACGUGUGCGAUGGUGAUUUAUACUUAUCUUAUCAAGCAUAUAGCAUUUGAGAACAUUCUUAGAGCAUGCAUACCUUCAUAAUGGUGUAUAUGAUGAGAUUAUACUCGGAAUCACGCCGUGGGAACGCCAAAGUUUAACAAGACCACCCCAAGACCCUUGCUCAC